AUGGACUCAUUAAUUGAAUACGUUAAACAACAAAAUAUUGAUGUACAAGGCAUUUGCGUAGCCACCGUGAGUGCAGCCGUGUUUGCAGUACUUCUUUGGAAGUUCACUAGUGGGAGCGGUUCCAGUAAGAAAUCCAAGAGCAAAAGCUAUAAGAAGAAGAAUAAGAAGGAGAAAGUUGCAGCUUUAACUCAUGAAAUGCAAAUAGAGAACAUACACUUGAGGUAUAAGAAUGAAUUUGAAGAUAGAGUUAACAACAUAUUGGGUGCUUAUAAUCCUGAUGACGAAAAAUCAGUUUACGAAAAGAAAUACUGUAAUGAAAUGCUAUUAAAAUUGUUGAUAGAGUUGGAUGGUGUUGAUCUAGUAAGUGAAGAACCCGAAAAGAAAGCAAUCUUGAAAGCAAAGAGGAAAGCUGUCAUAAAGGAAAUUCAAACCCAAUUGAAAAAGUUGGAUACAUUGGUCUGA